CAGACGGUUGACGAGGGCUAGCCGGGCUUCAAUCUACUAGAUUUCAGCCAUUUCUGUGUAGGUUGUAGGUUUUUAUUAAAGAAAAAACAUGGAUGAUUUCGACAUGCUCAGCUCUCCUCAGAAUAACGGAGGAAACGGAGUUGGAGCCGAGGAGGAGGACCCGGCCGCUGCGUUCCUGGCCCAGCAGGAGAGUGAAAUCGCCGGGAUAGAAAAUGAUGAAGGAUUCAGCAUCUUGGACGGAGGAGAAAUUCCUUUAAACAUGAUCGAUUCCAACGGUGGAUCACUAAACGGAGAUCAUCUGCACGAGACUAACGGUCCCUCUGAUGUAUACGCUGCCAUCUCCAGCGUUGACCGUAUGCAGGCAGAGCCUGAAAGCCUGCGCAAGUGGAGAGAGGAGCAGCGUGAUAGACUGGAGGCUCUAGAUGCAAACUCUCGUCAACAGGAGGUCGAGUGGAAGGAGAAAGCCAAGCAGGAGCUGGAAGAGUGGCACGCCCGCCAAGACGAGCAGCUAGCUAAAACUAAAGUUAACAACAGGGUAUUGGACGAGGAUUUCUACAAACAGCCCUUCGCUCACCUGAUUGGUUAUGUCACUCAUAUUAACCAUCCUUGCUACCGCCUAGACCAGGCGGCAGAGGAGGCCAUCCUGUCCGAGGCAGACGACAGCAGCCCCGGGACGGAGUGGGAGCGCGUGGCCCGGCUCUGCGACUUCAAUCCCAAAUCCAGCAAACAGGCCAAAGACGUGUCGCGCAUGCGCUCCGUCCUCAUCUCGCUAAAACAGACGCCGCUCGUCCGCUAAAAAGCACAAACACGCAAAAAUCCAGAACAGAACACAAAAAAACCUACAACUCCCAGCAUCCUGUGGGGCGCAGCACUUCCAUCUGCGCUUGUGAACCUAAUAUAUGAAUAAUGUAUAUGAAAUUCUCACCUGAUAUCAUAUAGAUACAUCUAUGUUUAUAUAUACAUAUAUAUUCCAUCUAUAAAUAUAGCCAUGUAUUAUCAUUUUCUGUGAUUUUUGUGGACCAAACUUCACCAUUGUGUUUUCAUUCCGAUUCCCGCGUUCUUAAUCCGAUCUAUGCAGGAAUUAAGUAUAAACCGUGUGUUGGUGUGUUGUAGAUGUGUGUUGUGUGCAUCAGUGGAUGUUAAGCAAACCAGACCAGUAUAGGGAUGCAAAUUGUGUUGAAUUAUUUUAACCGAUAACGAUAACCGACCGUCAUUAGUCGAUGUUAACAGAUAACAGACAAGUCUGUAGCAUCCCAUAAAAAUCUAAAACACAUUUAACUUCAUAUUAACAAGUCACUUAGCGUAGAGGAAACAGCAGUGAUGUAGAACAGUAAAUAAACACAGCGAGCAGAAUCAGUUUAGUUCCAUGAUGUAGCUUUUAUUCGGAGUCGGUAGCGAACAGUUCAUUACUAGUUCUGACUAAACAUGCUAAUCAAAUUAAAGCUUGUAUUGACAAUGUUGGACAAUGAUACAAAACCCAUGUCAUUUUAGUUUUAAUAGGUUUAUCUUUUCUUGAUUAAAUUCUCAGACUGCAGCUGUACACACAGUUAGUACAUGCUCGCUGAGAGUGGGAAUCGACUGAAAUCAAACGUCAGCUUUCAGAUGUGAAUUAAAAAGACAUUUUUGACCAACGGCGUCGAUCGAACAAUGAAUUUUUUUUGUCGGUUAUCGGUUAACCGGUUAAUCAUUGACAUCCCUUGACCAGUGUAUACUUUGCCGGUUGUUGUUCAGAAGUACAGCGUGGUUGUUGUAUCCUUGUUGCAGAUUCUGAUUAAAAGUGGUUCAUACCUUAA